GGGAGGGGGGGGGGAGGCGGUGGCGGCGGCCGGGACGCGAUCGGUGCCGGCGGGGAGCGGCGACGGCGCCCGGGCCCAUGGAGCUGGAGAACAUCGUCGCCAACACCGUCCUGCUUAAGGCCCGUGAAGGUGGUGGCGGAAACCGGAAGGGUAAGAGCAAGAAAUGGCGCCAGAUGCUGCAGUUCCCCCACAUCAGCCUCUGCGAGGAUCUCCGGCAAGCCCUCGAGCGGGACUACCACAGCCUGUGCGAGAGGCAGCCCAUCGGGCGCACGCUGUUCCGGCAGUUCUGCGAGACGCGCCCCGAGCUGUCGCGCUGCGUCAGGUUCCUGGACGCCGUGGCCGGGUACGAGGUGGCUCCGGACGAGAAGCGGAAGGAAUGCGGGCAGCACCUGAUCGAGAAGUACCUGAAGCCAAAGAGCGAGGACCAUGUGCCUGAAGUCCCCUCCCAGCUGGUGGAUGCCUGUUGUGAGCGGCUGGAGCAGGAACCUUCCAAGGAGCUCUUCAAGGAAUCCACCAAGCUUAUCCACGACUACCUGAGUGUGGCUCCCUUUGCCGACUACCUCGACAGCUUGUACUUCAACCGCUUCCUGCAGUGGAAAUGGCUGGAACGGCAGCCAGUGACCAAAAACACUUUCCGCCAAUACCGUGUGCUAGGCAAGGGCGGUUUUGGAGAGGUUUGUGCCUGCCAAGUGCGUGCCACAGGGAAGAUGUACGCCUGCAAGAAGCUGGAGAAGAAACGGAUCAAAAAGCGGAAGGGAGAGGCCAUGGCCCUGAAUGAGAAACAGAUCCUGGAAAAAGUGAACAGUAGGUUUGUAGUGAGCUUAGCCUAUGCAUAUGAAACUAAAGAUGCUCUCUGCCUAGUGCUGACCCUCAUGAAUGGAGGGGACCUCAAGUUCCAUAUCUACCACAUGGGCGAGGCUGGCUUCGAGGAGCCCCGAGCAGCUUUCUAUGCUGCUGAGAUCUGCUGUGGCCUCGAGGACUUGCACCAGGAGAGGAUAGUGUACAGGGACCUGAAGCCAGAGAACAUCUUGCUGGAUGACCAUGGUCACAUCCGUAUCUCAGACCUGGGGCUGGCCGUGCACGUGCCUGAGGGCCAAACAAUCAAGGGACGUGUUGGGACAGUCGGCUACAUGGCUCCGGAGGUGGUGAAGAACGAGCGCUACACGUUCAGCCCGGACUGGUGGGCUCUGGGCUGCCUGGUGUACGAGAUGAUCGAGGGGCAGUCGCCCUUCCAGCAGCGCAAGAAGAAGAUCAAGCGGGAGGAGGUGGAGCGCCUGGUGAAGGAUGUGCAGGAGGAGUACUCAGAGAAGUUCUCGCCCUGCGCCCGCUCCCUCUGCACCAUGCUCCUGUGCAAAGACCCCCUGGAGCGCCUGGGCUGCCGAGGGGCCGGCGCCAGGGAAGUGAAGGAGCACCCUCUCUUCAAGCACCUCAACUUCAGGAGGCUGGAAGCAGGCAUGCUGGAGCCCCCCUUCAAACCAGACCCCCAGGCCAUCUACUGCAAGGACGUUCUGGACAUCGAGCAGUUCUCCACGGUGAAAGGCGUGGAGCUGGAGCCCACGGACAAUGACUUCUACCAGAAGUUCGCUACAGGGAGCGUGCCCAUUCCUUGGCAGAACGAGAUGAUCGAGACGGAGUGCUUCAAGGAGCUCAAUGUCUUUAGCACAGACGGCACAGUGCCCCCAGACCUGGACUGGAAAGGGCAGCCUUCCCCGCAGCCCAAAAAAGGGUUACUCCAGCGCUUCUUCAGCAGACAGAGGUGAGCAGUCCCUCCCGGCUGCUCUGCUCAGGGAAAUACCCGGUGGCCAACGGACAUGGCAAGAUCUGGGAAAGAGGAGUGUUGUCCUUCAGUGCCUAACCCCAUCCCCCCCCAGAGCACAAGCUGCUUGUUGUCCUAACUGCCCCCUGAGCCACUAAUCCCGCUUCCCUCCUCUCGCUGCCUUCCCUGCUGGGGGGAAGCCUUGCCCUCAGCUUGAGCCAAAGCUGCCCCUGUACCAGUGGGAGCUCUGCUCCCAGGGGGCUGCGGGGAGCCCUGGGUCGCCUUCGCUCCUCUCCUUGGAUGGCUGGAUACACAGAAGGGUUGAGAAACUGUGAAGGGUUUGGCAUAGUCCUGUGCUCAGACCCCCUCCCGAGGGCUUCAGCUGCUUUCCAUGGCCUGCUGAGCCCUGCCUGGGGCAGACUGUGCUGGCACUGAGCCGUCUCCCCGGGUGGCUGUAGUCCAUGGAGCCCCUCUUCCUCCCAGCUUCUGAGCUAGUCAGCCGUGUGCUCACAAGUACCUCUGCCAGGGGCCGAGCCCCAAGAUGCAGCUUUGUUUCCCUGCAGCCUUGGGGUCCUCUCCAGCCCUUCGCCUCCACGUAGCUCUCCCACGUGCAGGCCUGGGGGGCCUGGCCCGUCCCUGCCAGGGGGCAGCCGGGAGCUGGGUUGUGUGACCGUGCUCACCCUGUGCUUGCUGUGCUCCUCUCUCCCUCCUCCCUCUCGUUGCCCCUCUGACUUCAGGACUGUUGUGGGAACUGCAGCGACAGCGAGGAAGAGCCCACCCGGCUGUAGAGCACAGCUCGUUCUCCAGCCCCUGGGACCCCCUUGCCUCUCCGGGCGCCCAGCAGAACCAGAGGCCAGCCCGAAGGACGAGGCAGCAGUGGC